UCAAAAUUAUGACUUCAGAAAUUACAUAUGGCAAAGAAUGUAAGACUCUGGAUAUCUUUUGACUGCUAUGGCGAAAUGUUUAGCCAUUAUAAUAAAAUAUUGUUAUAGAAAGGUUUGACUGCACUCAAUAUCGAGGCAGCAAUAGGAACAAAAAGAUACAGCUCACUACUGCUUUUAAGCAACAAAAUGACAAAACGAUCAUUCCGAUAGCUGGAGAUGGAAGAAGCUAGGUGUGUAACUCGCGGCUUUGAAGUGUUACUAAUUAACAAAAUUUUGCCUUAUAAAGCAAUGGAAGCUAAGUCAGUUUUCCCAUUGAGAAGAAUAGGUGUUUCUAAAGAAAGUUGUCUGACCAAAAAUCCUUUAAUGACUGCUGCAUUCUGUUUGACACAUACAUGGCGCCAUGAGGAGCCACAAUAGAAGUUACAAGUUCGGCAGAAUCCAAUAGUUUUGGUUCAAAUUCUAUAUUUUUAAUAAGAAAUUCACUUAAUAUGUAUGACGGGAUCAUGGAUCCACUCUGCUGCCGUUGCUAGGUUCCCAAGGUUGAUUUAGAAGUCAAACUACUUUCACAAGCAUAAACUAGAACUUGGUAAUUAUAUGAGGGUAUGCCAGGAUGAAUGAGAUCCCUCCAUUCUUGAUAAGAAAUAUCGAGUUCGAGUCCUGUAAUCCACAGUAGGAAUAUAAGAAAAAAAGCUUCAACAUUUAAGUGUUUCUUGGCUUAAUUCUUUUAUCCAAUGGCACUUCAAGCUAUCUUCUUUUUUACCUUUUUCUUGUGGAGUGAUAUCAUUACUAGUCAAACACUCAUGCCAAAUAUUACUUCCACUCUAAUUUUUGGUGAUUCCACAAUGGAUACAGGAAAUAACAACUACAUAUUCACUUUAGUCAAAGCAAAUCACCCACCUUAUGGCAAAGAUUAUCCUAAUCAUGCCUCCACAGGGAGAUUUUCAAAUGGAAAAUUAGUGCCAGACAUAUUAGCUUGCUUACUAAAUCUCAAACAAGAUGGUGUUCCUCCAUAUUUACAGCCAAAUUUAUCAACAAAUGAAUUGCUCACGGGAAUUAACUUUGCAUCAGCUGGAUCAGGAUAUGAUGAACUGACCAGUAUAAUUACUAGCACAAUUUCUAUGACUAAACAGUUACGAUAUUUUAAGGAGUAUUUGGAGAAAAUUAAAGGGGUUGUAGGAGAAAUUGAAGCUGAAAGAAUAGUGAAAAGUGCUUUGGUUAUUAUUAGUUGUGGGACUAAUGACUUUAUUUUUAAUUUCUAUGAUGUGCCAACAAGAAGGAUUCAGUUCAGUAUGAGUGAGUACCAAGAUUUUCUGCUAGACAAGCUGCAAUUUUUUGUCAAGGAACUUUAUGAUCUUGGAUGCCGUAUGAUGUUAGUGAAUGGCCUGCCUCCAAUUGGAUGUCUUCCAGUUCAAAUGACAGCAAAAUCUCCACUUCGUGGAACUUGCAUAGAAAAUGAGAAUUCUGAUUCUCAGAUUUAUAAUCAAAAGCUUAAGGAAUUAUUAGUUCAAUUGCAAGCACAAUUUGCUGGAAGCAAAAUGUUAUAUGCAGACAGCUACACUCCUCUAUUAGACCUUAUUAACAAUCCACAAGAAUAUGGAUUUGUUGAAACAAACAGAGGAUGUUGUGGAAGUGGACUAGUUGAAGCUGGACCCUUGUGUACGAGGUUCUCUCCCGUGUGUUCAAAUACUUCAGAAUACGUAUUUUUUGAUAGCGUUCAUCCAACUGAAGCAGCAUGCAUUAAGCUUAUUGAGUACCUGGUGAAGGACUUUUUCUCACAAUUCUCAAGCAUUCCAAGUCCUUGAUGUUUACAGAAAUAUAUCGUAUAAAUGGUUUUCGAAAAAGUAAUAUGGCAAGAUUGUAUUGCUAUUAAAAGGCUAUUCUAGUAUUGAGUUACCAAACAAAGGUUGGCCUUAUUAAAGAUAGUCUUCUUUAAUCAAUUUUGAAGCUAAAGUAAACCGAAACAUAAAUUAUUUAUGUUUUUGCAAUAAUCAACU